AUGGCUUUAUCAUUAGUCAGAAAAUUUAUGGGCACUAGGCCUAAUACUGAUGUUGUUAGAUCUUUCGCUAAGAGGAGAUGGCACUUGAAAGGACAGAUUGAAAUAACAGCUAUGGCUAAAGGGUUUUUCUCCUUUGUGUUCUCUUGUGAAGAAGAUUUGUCUGAUGUUCUUUGUGGAGGCCCUUGGGUUAUUGGGAAGACUUCAUUGGCUUUGAAGCAUUGGUCCCUUAAUCUAGAUCUGAAUGAUGGUAUUUUUGGUUCUUCCCCUAUUUGGGUUAGAUUGCCUGGUUUUCCCUUGGAGUUCUGGCAUGAGGAUGUAUUUAAGGGUUUGGCUAGCUCAUUCGGAGAACUUCUUUCUGUUGACUCAAUGAUGGAAGCUAGGAAAAGAAUGGUUUAUGUGUGGAUCUGUAUUUGUGUUAAUCAAAAUACUAAACUCCCAUCCUCUGUGGAUAUCAUUUCUAAGUUGGGGAAAUGGACCCAGCCAGUUGAGUUUGAGACUAUGUCUUGUCUGUUUUAA